UUUUUCCUUGAGCUCUGGUAAAUGUAUUCACACUGUAAACAAAACAUUCCUCUGAAGGUCAUGUACAAGGACUGGAUAGAGUGAAAAGGCAGCCAAAACUUGGACAACUGUUGUUCGGGAGGGGGGGCAAAGGAAGGAGGCGACAUUAAACCCGCCCUCUCGAAAGUGGCAUCCUGUUAAUCCACUGACGUCACGCCAUUUUCCACCGAAGACGAAAAGGCACAAUUUAGCCGGAUCACAAUCGAUAAUCUGAGCUGAUAUUUACACCUAAAACGAUACAGUCAUGCAUCGUGACUGUCCCCUUGACUGCAAGGUCUACGUUGGAAAUCUCGGCAACAAUGGAAACAAGACAGAGUUAGAAAGAGCAUUUGGCUACUAUGGUCCUCUCCGGAGUGUUUGGGUGGCCAGGAACCCCCCAGGCUUCGCCUUUGUAGAGUUCGAAGAUCCCAGAGAUGCAACUGAUGCCGUGCGGGAGCUUGAUGGAAGGACUUUGUGUGGCUGUCGGGUGCGUGUGGAGUUAUCUACUGGCGAGAAGCGUAGCCGCACUCGAGGCGCUCCCCCUUCAUGGAGCAGGCGUCCUAGAGACCGAGACGACUACAGGCGGCGUAGCCCACCACCCAGACGCAGAUCCCCACGCAGGAGGAGCUUCAGCCGCAGCCGUAGCAGGUCUUUCUCCAGAGACAGGAGGAGAGAGAGGUCCCUCUCCCGGGACAGGAACCACAAACCUUCGAGAUCCUUCUCUCGAUCAAGAAGCCGCUCCAGGUCUAAUGGCAGAAGAUAAGAGGUCUGCCAGGUGUAAAGGGAGCUGAAGAUGAACGGUUUUACGGACUUUCCCGUUUCAUAUGAUGGACUCAUCAUGACCGUGAGGUCACUUUUGUCUUCUUUUUUUUUUUUUUUUCCUUUUUUUUUUUUUUUUUUUUUUUUUUAAAGAAAACAACAACAAUCAAGCAUUUUAGUGUCCCUCCCUUUUUCCUGUUGUGGUGACUUUCAAAUACAGUGACUGGGCGUGUACAGGUAUAAUAGCUCACCUGUGCCAUGUCUGUCUUGCUGGUCCUGAAACAGUAGUGCCACCCAGCAUUCCAGUUCACCAGUUAAUCUCUGAGCUUUUGUUUUCUUGAAGAAUGUUCUGUGUAGUUAGACAUCGUGUGAGUAGUCCGUCAUUUUUCACUGUGUAAAUGUCAGCAUUUUUUUAAAAAAAAAGAAAAAGAUGGGAUAAAUCCCUUUUUGUUUGUUUGUAAGCCAACUAUUUUUUUUCUAGCUACACUCUUCAUAAUGAAGUUUUCCAUCUGUUAGUGGUUGGCUGUUUUUGUUUAUUUAAAAAAAAAAAAGGCAGCCUUUUCAAAUGCAAAUCUGUCCAGUGAAUCAAAAUAACUACAAGGAGCAGAGGUCAGAUUUUUGUCUGUGAAGUUUUUCAUUUUUUUUCUUUUGUUUGAUACUAUGUGAAAUUGUCUCAAUUAAAAAUACUGGUUGGUUUUAAAAAAAA